AUGGCGGACGCGCAAGGAACGGCUCAGCCUGUUGGAGCAAAGGUUGAGGAAGAGCCCCCUGUAGCUGACAUAUCUGCGUCAAUUGAAGCAAACACAACGCCGAAAGUAUCCCACCCACGCGAUGAUGACGAGCCAGACGGUCCAUCUCCUGCCACCAAGAAACGCCGCACAGUUUCGGCGGAAGGGAACCAGGCUUCCUUGGGUUCAGAUCCCCGUUUAGAUCUGAAUGUCCCUGCUCAGUCACUCCCGGUGUCUAGUUCGAUACAGCCCAACAUCUACCCCCAAAAUGGGCAUCCUACAACAGAAGAUACUAGCAAUAAGGAUACUUUCAGGGGCAAUGCUCCCCUCGCCGCAGCCGCUCCGGCACCGUCCGAUCCGAACGUUUUGGAAACGAUAUCGUUUAUCAUGGACCAGCCAGGACGAAUUGAGAACCAGUCUGUUUUGAAUAGGAGACUACAGGAAGCAACCAAGUCGACCAGUUUAAGUGCUGUAAAAUCAAACCCUGACUGGAGAACCCAAAGUCUUCCGAUUCUUGACAACCUAGCAACCCAGAUUCUUUCCUUAUUAGCUCGAUCAAGCUAUCAGGACAUCACGUCCAUAGUUUCUGAGCCUAACUCGGAAACCGGACAUGCCUACUCUUCUAUGCGAUCACUUUUUGACCAUGCCAAAAAAGUUUUCUCAACUAACGGGCCGUUUUUAUCUGCAUCUCAACUGGGCUUCGCUGAACCAGGCCAAAUCGACAUUAUCCGCAAGGCCAAUAUGGCAUCGUUUGUUUCCAGUAUCUUUGGAACACAGGAGAUUGGCUUUUCCGAACUGCACGACCGCUUUCUAGACAUAUUUGUUCCUGAAGGAAGUCGACUGCUUAAAGGGCAAGGCGCCCUCUUUCUCGAAUUGAAAACACAGGCGUUUAUCGCAUCUAUGAACGACAAGGAGCAAAGCAGGUUUCAAGUGCUUCAUAAUCUAUUUCCCGACGACCUUGGACAUAAGUUCCUAGCGCGAAGGCCAGGUAAUAAACAGCUUGCCCCCAGUGAGACGGACUUCGUAAAACGGGCCUGGUCUCGACGCGACAUCCUCUUGGCUGAUAUUGAUAACCCCGAGUCAAUCAACACGUUACCGGAAAGGUACCGAUGGGAAGAUUUCCUGAGGGAUUUAAGCUCAUACAUUAGCAAGCACUUCGAUUCUAUAACUAAUCAGGUAUGCCUCUGCCGUUCUUUUGACCCCAUGCACCUAAGCAAAGAUACUGACGGUGAUAAGUGUAAAAACGCAAGCAAAGGACCCUCCUCUGUAGACAGCGGAGAAACCCCAUCACAGCCACCACCACAACCGCCCCCAGAGCCUCGCAAUAUGCCUCUUGAGACUCAAUUCUCUGUGAAGCUCAGUCCUCCGGGAGCUCCUGUUGAUCGCGGUGCUGGGCGAGUUGAUCUUGUUGCCAGGGCGGCUCGUGCGGCGCAGAUUGCUCUCCAAGGCCAAGGACUCCGGCACCCGUCUCGCCCGGUGAGCAAUGCGAGCGCACAACCUCCCCAGCAACCACAGCAAUCGCAACAGCCUCAGCAACCCCAGCAACCUCAGCAACAACAAUUCAACCAACCUCCUCCAACUCUUCCUAUACAGCAUCAACCAGCGACGACGGCACCACAGCAAGCUUUUCAUUAUGCCAACGCUCCCCCAACGCCAUCUCUACCCCUACCACCACAGCCCACUCAAGUCACCUUCCAUCAAAACCAAUAUCACUUCCAGCAGUAUAACCCUCAAGCAGCAAAUACUUCUUCCAGGACCAACACUGCGGCUGCAAAUUAUGGGUACAUGCCUGGAAUCCCCCAUUAUUCCCAAUCCCAGCCCACUCAGAUUCUUUAUGAGCGAGCCAGGAUGGCGACAACUGCGAAAUCUUCUCCUACAAGCCGACGUGCCGGUCUUCCUAGCCAGCGGCGCCCAUGGACCACUGAAGAAGAAAAUGCAUUAAUGGCGGGCCUUGAUCGAGUAAAGGGUCCUCAUUGGAGUCAGAUCCUAGCCAUGUUUGGCCCAGGGGGAACAAUCAAUGAGGCAUUGAAAGAUCGAAAUCAAGUUCAGCUCAAGGAUAAAGCCCGCAAUUUAAAACUUUUCUUCCUCAAGAGCGGGAUCGAGGUACCUUACUAUCUGAAGUUUGUGACUGGGGAAUUAAAAACCCGUGCACCAGCUCAAGCCGCUAAACAAGAAGCAAGGGAGCGAGAGCGGAGGCGAGGAGAGGAAGAUAAAGCACACGUGGAAGGGCUCGAAGGCAUGAUGGCUCUCGCAGGGGCUCAUCCAUCUCAUACCCCGGGCGAGCCCGCACUCAUGAACAUUGCCCCCCCUGCCCUUCCUCUGACUCAAGAGCAGCAUCAGGCAAUACUGGAUCAGACUGCUGAGCAGACUCUGAUUCAGAGGCUGACGCAGGAAACCAAAUCGGAGAGUUUAGAGCCGCCUCUGCAACAGAACCCGGUUGAUCCGGCUCUACAGAGUCAAGUUUAA